AUGGAACAACCAUCAAGGAUAAGUAAGACGCCAGACGAAAACGAAGUUGUCGAGAUGAUCAAAAAUUGGAGAGUAGGAGAAGACAAUACGCAAGAUCAAAUUGACACCUCAGGGAAAAAAGAAGAGCAAGUUUCUUUAAAGAAAGAUAAUGUAGCACCAGAGGAAGUGUAUCAAGAAUCAACACACGAGGGUUUGGUCGACAAACUGAAGGAAGUGAAAGAAAUCUUCAAUCAAACGUCCAACGAAAUGGAAUGGAAUAAAAUUAAUGACGAGGCCAUCAAUACGAUACGCAGUGAACAUGGAAUUACGAGUCAUGUGGAAGCUAGAAAAUGGGCCAUGGACAAAAAUAAUUUUUUCCUAGUUGGAAACAAAAUUAUAAGUUUAGCGGAAAAAAUGAAAAUAUUCUUGGAAUAUACCACCCUAAACGAUAAUUUUAAACAAAGAUUGGAGAAUAACAAUCGCUACCAAGAUGAUAAGAAAAUUGGGGAAAAAAGACCAUUAUUAGAAUUUCCGAAAAGAGAGAAUGACAUGGAGGAAUUUGAGCCUUCUGACGAAGAAGAUAUAUCUCUCACAGAGGAUAGCUGGGCAAUCAAUUAUCGAGAAGAUCAGCAGCAACAAAGAAUUCAAUUGACCAUGAGAAAUGAAAUCGAAAAAGAGAAGAAGGAAAAGGUAGAAGCGCAAGCAUCAACAUCAUCACCAAAGAAGGCAGGUGGAAAAAAGAAGAAGAAGAAUAAGAAGAAGAACUAA